AUGUUGGUAACAGGGAAUGAUUUGGAGUUGAUCAGAAGGACCAAGGAAGAAUCACACAAAGCAUUCAAGAUCAAAGAUUUAGGAAAUUUGAAAUAUUUUUUUGGUAUGGAGUUUAGUAGGUCAAAGAAAGGAAUAUUGAUCAACCAAAGAAAAUACGCCUUAGAGAUAAUCUCAGAAACAGGACUAGGGGGAGCUAAACCUGCGUGGACACGAUUAGAAAUGAAUGAGAAGUUGACAGCGAUUGAGUUAGAUAACCUAACUGGAAAGGAAGAUGAUGACAUGUUAGAAGAUGUAGGACAGUAUAAAAGAGGCAUUGGAAGAUUAUUGUAUUUGACUUUAACAAGACCUGAUAUAGCAUUCUCAGUACAAACUCUUAGUCAAUUUUUACAGCAGCCAAAGAAAUCUCAUUGGGAUGCAGCAAUGAGGAUGAUUAGAUAUGUCAAGAGACAGCCAGGUCUUGGAAUUUUGAUGAGUAGUAAUAAAUCUAAUACUAUGGUAGUAUACUGUGAUUCAGAUUGGGCAUCAUGCCCAAAUACAAGAAGGUCGGUAUCAGGUUUUUUGGUCAAGUAUGGAGACUCAUUGAUUUCUUGGAAGUCGAAGAAACAGACCACUGUGUCUAGGAGUUCACCAAAAGCUGAGUACAGAAGUAUGGGAAGUGUAGUAGCUAAGGUAGUAUGGUUGACAACUCUAACGAAAGAAUUGGAAGGCGGAAUUUAG